CACUGCACUGUCUGCCAUGGCUCAGCUUCCCCUCACUGUGCUGCUGCUUCUCCUGCUUCCAGCGGUCUUUAAGGUAGAGGUGGAAGCCCAAAGAAGAAAGAGAGAAUGGAUCAUUCCCCCAAGAAAGCUGAAGGAAAAUAAGGACUACACAAAAGAGGAGUUUAUCUCCAAAAUUCAAUCUGACCGAGAAACCAAUGUCCAGCUGAUUUAUUCUUUGAAAGGAGUUGGGGCUGACCAGAAGCCUUAUGAUCUGUUUACCGUCAACAAAACAUCUGGGUUUAUAAGAAUUAACGGAAUAUUAGACAGGGAAGAAAUUCCUGUAUAUAAUCUGGUAGGUGCUGCCAAGUACCUAAAUGGAUCAUUGGCAGAAAAGAACAUAGACCUGAAAAUUCAAGUUGAGGAUGAAAAUGAUAACACCCCCAUAUUUGAAAAAUUGUCCGGAUCUGUCAAUGAAUCAAGUGCAGCAGGUACUUUUGUCAUGAAAAUAACUGGCAUGGAUGCAGAUGAAGAAGGAAAUCCUAAUUCCCAGAUUUCCUACAGUAUCAUCCGACAGGAGCCAACAGGACAAAUGUUUUAUAUAGAUAAAAAAACAGGAAAUCUUUUUGUUAAAGAACCUUACCUAGAUCGAGAGACACACAGCUCCUAUAUUUUAACUGUACAAGGUGCAGAUUUGAAUGGGGAAAUAAAUGGCAACACUGGGACAGGAACAGUGGAGGUGAAGAUCCUCGAUGUUAAUGACAACGUGCCCAUCUUGGAAAAGGAUACGUAUGAAGGCAACAUUGAUGAGAACACAGCCAACGUAGAAGUGUUAAGAAUGAAAGCCUUAGAUAAGGAUCUGGAGAAUACUGACAACUGGCUGGCUGAUUUCAAGAUCAUUUCUGGAAAUGAGGAUAACGUUUUCAGUAUUGUGACGGAUCCCAAGACCAAUGAGGGAAUUUUAAUGCUUAACAAGCCACUGGAUUAUGAGAAGGCCAACCAUCUUGAGCUGGGAGUUGCUGUUGGGAAUGUGGCACCUUUCCGUGAUCUUGCUGGAGCAGGAUCUGGGGCAGUGGCAGGAGGUGGGGCUGGAUCUGGGGGUGGAGCUGGACCAGGAGGUGGAGCUGGAACUUGGGGAGGAGCUGGAACUGGGGGAGGAGCUGGAACUUGGGGAGGAGCUGGAACUGGGGGAGGAGUUGGAACAGGAACUGGGGGAGGAGCUGGAACUGGGGGAGGAGCUGGAACAGGAACUGGGGGAGGAGUUGGAACAGGAACUGGGGGAGGAGCUGGAACUGGGGGAGGAGCUGGAACAGGAGCUGGAGUUGGAUUUGGACUCGGCAGUAAAAGCUACACUAUUAAGAUCAAAGUAAAUAACCUGCCUGAUGGUCCAUCUUUCAGUCCUGAGGUGAAGCCGAUCCCUCUGUCUGAGGAUUUCACUAAAAACACUAUGAUUGCAAAAUAUCCAGCUAUUGAUAGUGACACAGGAAAAGUUGCUGAAAAUGCUAGGUAUGCUAAGUCAUUCGAUCCCGACAACUGGAUUUCAAUUGACGAAAAGACAGCAGAGAUCAAACUUAACAAGCAGCCAGACAGAGAAUCUAAGUUCCUUACAAACGGAACUUACUAUGCAAAAGUUAUCUGCAUGACACAAGAUCUUCCAUCUAAAACAGCCACCGGCACCAUAGCCAUCCAGGUUGAAGACACCAAUGAUAACUGUCCUCAGCUCACUAGUACUCACCAGUCCACGUGCUCGGAUGCUAGCCACAUCAGUGUCUCUGCAACUGAUAUGGAUGACUAUCCUAAUGCUGGCCCAUUUGAAUUUACAAUAGUCCCUGAAGGCACAAGUGGUGAAUGGGAAGUGGAGCCUUAUAAUGACACCAGUGCUGUUCUGAAGCCCCGUGUCAACCUAUGGCCUGGCUCCAUGCAGGUAACAUUGGAAAUAAAAGACAAGCAAGGUCUGGCCUGUCCUGACAAACAGGUUCUUCACCUGGAGGUUUGCACCUGCAUUGAAAUGGAGUCUUGUAAUAUCCGUAAAGCUCGAGCAUCCUCUGCUAAGUUAUCCAUGCCUGGAGUAGGGGCACUUAUUCUAGGAGCCCUGCUACUACUACUCGCACUACUCUUGUUGCUGUUUUGUACCUGUGGGCAUGCCAGUGAUGGGAUUCUGGGGGAUUUGCCAUUUAGCACUAAAGAAUAUCUGAUUCCAUACCAUACAGAGCAAGUAGGGGAUGACAAGGAACUCCCACUGUUAAGUGUUCCUGACCUGAUAUCAAAAGAUACUCAUGAGCUGGUCACCACAGAUAAUAAGGUGUACGCCAUCUAUAACCAGGGAUGGUACGAUUCCAUCAAAAAAGGACUGAUUGAGACUGAUUAUGGAGUUCAGAGAGGGGUGAUGGACCAAAAACAUGGAUCUGGAAGUUUCCUUUUCUCUGAGUUUUCAAACCAUUAUGGAGAUGUGCUUGACGAAGUAGCCCUCUCUAAUGUGUUCCUUAACCAGUACUACUCAAAGAAGACACAUUUUGCAGCACAUGGCGAAGCCCAAAAUGACAGCUGUUUAGCAUUCAGUUACGAAGGUGGCAACUCACCUGUGGGAUCAGUAGGAUGCUGCAGCAUCACCGAGGUGGACAAUGACCUCAGCUUCCUGGACGACUUGGACCCCAAGUUCGUGACUCUGGCUGAGAUCUGCAGUCGGCCUCAAACUGACAAUGAAGAGUCUGUGAGUGAAGUGAAGCACAUCAUUGUUGCUGAGCAGUACACACCAACUCCAUUGAGCCCUGCAGAGAAGAUUGUGAAUGACAGCUAUGUAGCAACCCUACCUUGUCAACCAUACAUCAUACAGCAGCCUGUGUACUACACCACCACCCCUGUGUUACAAUCCACUCACUUUGUUGUUGGACCUCAGGUUCAUAAUGCUAUUCUGGUUACGGAACAGCCCUUAGAUCCAAACAUGCAGACCAUAUAUGUUGUGGAUCGUGCCCCAGGAUCUGAUAGCAUGAUACUGAAGGAGGAGAGGGUACUGGUAGGCCCAGCUUCUCCAGAUGUUAUAUUUCCUGGCCACCCAGAAGCCCUCAAAGAGAACAUUGUUUUACUUGAAAGAAAGGGUGCUUCAGGUCUGGUGGUACAAGAAGCCACUGCUGAACCAGAUAAAGACCUUGUUGAAAUAGGUAAUGUUCCAGAGUCCCAGGAUAUCAUACUCCCUGAAGGAGAAUUGCCGGAAGACCCGUCAAAUAUUGAAGAAUGGCCCCUGCAGGGGGGGGUCAUCUGCACACCACAGCAGCCAGUGUUUAUGGACAUUGAGCGCUCAACUGAGAGAGACAUGAAGGAACAUUUGAAGAAAGAGGAAGACAAUGAACAGAAUGAUCAGAUGGUUCAGCUAGAAAGACUUAUCAGUUCUACUGAUCUGGAAAAUCAAGAAAGAAUCCAGAGUUUAGCAGAUGAUAUAGCUGAUUCGGGAAUAGUAGGUGCAAUCAAAGACCUGGGCAGCUCUUCUCAUCCAGUGGAGGAGGAAAGUAAAUUAAUAACUGAAGAAAUUGUGCGGGGAGAAAACAGAUAUGUUACAUCUUCCGAACCAAAAGAAAUAGAAGAAGAAGAAAAUGAGAAGAAGAAAAGAGAUUUGUCCAUAUCAGCAACGAAAGGUCUUCAAGAAGAUAAGCUAGAUUCUAAGGAAACAGUAUACAGGGAUAUGAGCCUGCCUGAGUGUGUCAAGACUGGCAUUGACUUCCAACAGGUUGCUAUAGAACAUGCAACAGUGCUAGAUCAAAUAGCCUCUGAAGAAGAUGAAAUAUCUGAAUCAUCUAAUAAAGAGGAUGAGACACUGGAUAUUUUAGAAGAGCACAUCAUUACUAAGGAGAGUUUAGAAGGAGAUAUUUCUGUUUCCAAUAAUAUUGAUACAAUGAAAAUUCCACAAAGCUUUAGGCAGACUGGGGAGGGUGAAUACUUAGAAACAUUAGAACAUGCAAUAUUAGGAAUAGUUUCUAAAGAUGUGUCACAAAUGCCAGAAAAUAUCUGCCAUAGCAUUAAAGGGAUGAAGGACAGAGAAUUGCUUAGCUCAGGGGAAGAGGAUUUUGAAGAGAUUCAAGUUGUUUCUUUCAAAAAAGAGGACAUGGAUGUGUUAGGAACUGACUUGCAUGACUUGGAAAUUGAAAGUGAAACUGAUUCUAAGAUGACGGAAGAUCAGUCAGUGUCAAGUUCCAAGUCUCAGGAGAGUGAGUUCUCUGCUUCACAAAUAGAGGAGAACCAAGGAAUUACUGGCCAUAUGCUGGAUGAAAACAUGUUGGAAUUUGAAACAUCAUUUCUGGAGGGUCAGUUACCGAAAUCACAUAUUGACUUUUCUGUUGAGACUGGCACUGAUUCUAUCCAAACUGUGGUAAAAGAUGAACUGACAUCAUUGCAAGGAACAGUAGAACAAGGAGAAAACAUGGAAGGGGUCAAUCAGGAAAUUGGUUUCUCUUGUGUGGAAACACAAGAUAUGUCAGAGUCUGAUCUAGGAGCUAGCAGAAAGGACAUUAUUUCUGAGAAUCAAUCAAUUCCUCGAGAAAUUACGGAAGAAGAUAUGGCAGAGACUGAACCUGAGUCUCAUGAAGCUAUUGUAGAACAUGAAACGCUAACACAGACACUAGCUGAAAAUGCCUCUGAAGUUGGAGUAAUGCCUGAAUCAUCUAAGGAAUAUCUUGUGAAGAAGGAGAAAACAGAUGUCUUACAAGAGUGCAUUAAUACUGGCCAAAGUUCAGAGGGAGAGAUACCUGUUUCAUACACCUCAAAUACUGACAUGAUUCAAGAAAUCCAUGAACAAGUGGUGGAGGAAGACAAGUCAAGACCAACCACAGUGUCCUCCCAAGAGGACCAGAUGGAAAUAAGUUCCCUUGAGGACCAUGUUAGUGAGUGUCAUGCAAGGGAACAAGAUUCAUCAGCAUUAAUUAAUUUAAUGGUGCAAGAUGAAGGAGAACCAGAAAGCAUCAGAGUUUCAAGACAGAAAGGAGCGGAACAUGAGCUAGAGUGCAGUGGAAAUUUCCAGAAAUCAAUACCUGGAAUGGCUGACACUCAACAGACGCUGCUGACUCAACAAAUGUUAGAACAAGAAGACAACCCCAUUGACACUACAGAAGCAUUAAGACAAGUUAUUGGUGACCAAAUGACAGAGAACAACGUAUCAGAGUCUGUGGCACAGAUCCUUGAGUCUGAAGAGCCUGAAACUGGUUCCCAACAAGCGAGUGCUGAAGGUCUGCUUGAUUUAGCUAUAAGACAGGUUGGCAAAUCAGGGGAUGACCAACUAGAAUCAGAAUCAGAGAAUAUUAGUUCAGAGGACAGUUCUGUCAGCACCGACCAAGAAUUGGAUGAAAAGGCCACAGGAAGUGUGCCUGAAGGUGACAUGUCUGCAUCCACAGAGAACCAAGCAGAUGAUGGUGGGUUACAGAAGGACCUUGAAGAGGAUGCUCACAGCAAACCUGAAAAGGGUAUUAAACGUAAAACAUCCAAAGAUAAAAAGCUUCUAAGCCCUAAAAAGUGUAAUACACAGUGAAUGUGGAUGUACAAAUAUGACAUAUUGAUAUUCACAAUAUUACAUCCAUCCAUUAUUCAACUGCUUAUGUUGGAAUGGGGUGUUGGCUGAAGCCUAUUCAGUACAGGAAGCACGCGCACACACACGCACGCACACACACACACACACACACAUAUGUAUAUACUAUACAUAUAUAUAACAUGUAACUGCUGCUUACACAAGUGUUAUUUUCUAUUCCUUUUAACAGACAGUCCCAGUUUGCCUUUAUUACAGGGGAAUCCAAGAUGUAAUAAUAUUGUGCAUUGCGACUUAACUCAGCCAUUCUGUCAAAAAGGGGUCUGGAAUCAAGAAUGUGUCCCAUGUUAGGGAGCAAAAGGCAGGGUCUGCAGGAGGGCAUGUCAAGGUUAACUUUCAGAGCUUUACACAGGAGUUUGUGCUUAAUAUAGGGAAGCCAGUUUUGCACUAAAAUAUUAACCCAGUAAACAUACAUGCCCCCUACUGGAACAAUCAUGUUAAUACAGGUUCAUUUCAUCUUUCACAUGGCAUAGUGAAGUUGGAACAUGUGCAAAGCCUGUUUUAUCAAUGAUACACCAAGUACAGGAAUGUGGUUUAUACAUAAUCUUGAGUGACAUGUGAAAAAAGAGAGUACAGUAAGGAUAAUCAAAUGACACUUAAACUGGCACAACAAUUUGGGUUUUUGAGUGUUUAAGGCUUUUUAAAGACUAUGAAAUCAUUCAUAACAUUACAGAUUUUUUUGAUAAGCUUGUGACUUUAGAACUUAACAUUUUCAUUGCAUUCUCAUUUUCCCCGAUGUGCUUUCUUACAUACUUGUUUCUAUAACAAAUGAAUUAAGACUAAGAUUUAUUGUUAUUACUACCGUAUAGCAUUGAACGUGUGAAAAACAAGUCAUUCAGACAGUGUUUGUUUAUAUUCCUCACAAAACAAACAUGCUGCAUAAAAUUGAUAUAUAGAUCA